CACAAUGAUUCCGCAGCGCUUUUCUGCACCCCCUUUCGCGAACCGAAAGGAAACACCUGAAAGCUCAUUUCAGUCUUCGAGUUUCAGCGAAGACGUAUAUCAAAGUGAGAGAAAUCUGCUUCCAUCUCCCGGAAACUCAUUUGCUAACUCUUCUUCUGGACCUUUUCUCGAUUCGGCAAAAAUGAGGCAACCAGAGAUUGAAAAUUACGGAAGAACAGAUUUAAAUAGCUUCACGGAGCCCGCUGGAAGAAAUUUGAACCAAUCUCCGAGUGGCGGAUUUUUUGCACUGCCUUCAGAUAAUAGUUUAACGCAGCCUUCAAACUCAGGAAACUCAUCUGAUAGAUAUUUCAAUGCACAUUCAGAUAAUUAUAACCAUGCCGAUAGUGGAAGUUAUAAUUAUAAUUACAAUCAUAACCAGGUUAAGCAUGGAAUCGGUAAACCAGAAGCCCCACAAGUGGUAGUACCUACAAAACCUCCGUUUCAGUCGAAUUUGGGUAGUUUUUCCAAAUCAAGUGGAAAUAACAAUGAUUCCCAAAAUAUAACUACAGGUGUAAGAAAUUCAAGUGUAAAUCAGCGCGAUUCUCAAAGUUGGAGUGGAAAUAAUUCAACUACAUUUCAUGCGCGAAAUGAUGUUGAUAUUGCCAGCCAAAAUCAAAAUAAUCGCGCAGCUUCAGAAAACUUCCAGAAAUUGUUCGACAAAAUCCAAAAUCGAUACCAGCAUCAUCAAUAUCAAAGCAGUGGCGAUUCAUUUUUCGAUUUGGACAGGUUCAAAAAUACCGAAGAUUCGGGAAUGCGUCGAAAUAACGAUGAUGCUUAUGAUAGAAGCACAAAUAGUAGUUCCUAUAGAAGAGAUUCGAUGGGAAGCGUGAGCAGUUGUUCUACGUCGGGAUUUGGUCAGAGGUUUGGCCGAGAUAGUUCUAGUGACUCUGGGUGUAACUCUGGAAGUGUGACAGGAAUGUCGACAGGUGUUUCUGAUUUCAGCCAAGGAGGUAAAUCGAACGUCCACAGUAGAUUGUCAUUGACCACCACCAAGAAUCACAACCAGGCCAAUCAGAACCAAGAAAUCCAGGCACUCAAUACUGGCGUGUACCUGGACCCGUUCAACUGUGACUUGUACGUGACAGUGUCGAAUAACGGAUUGUCAGCUUAUGAUUUGGGAUCGAAAGGGUUCCAGAAUUUGUGGGGAGGCAUUAGGGCCACACAUGGACUUGUAUCUGGAAAGGUCACAACUGACCUUCAGUUCAUGUUUUGUCGCACCUGA